AUGGAACAGAGUUUCCUGCUCUGUCUUUCCUUCCUCGUUACUCUCCUGCAGCUCUUUCUUAGUGCACAGAGCUGGCUGUUGGCCGCUGCGGACAUUUAUAGCGCGUUUAAAUCGGGCUCGCCGGUUGUCUGCGCGGCCAUCACCUUCGCUACCUCACGAUUACUCUUCGGCUGGCUGUACGUUGCACAUCCAAGCGCUGCAUUUCGCAACAUCUCGGAUGAUCACAAGAACCUCCCGUCGUUUGUACCUUUUGAUAUUGUACUUGGUGUGUUGUAUAGCACCGUCGCGAUCAUCGAGAUAUACGGUGUCAUUUCGGCUAUUACUUCUCGCAUCAUGCUGGUCAAGAUCUAUGCUUGGCUCUCGCUCAUUGGAGCCCUCUGCAUCACCGCAAUCGAAAUCAUUCGCAUCGUCCUUGACAAUGUCUUCAAGAAGGAACUUAUUGACGGUUGCGUAAACGAGGUCAAAGGUCGUACAAUUACCACGACCUCGGGCAGCAUCUUUAACCCAAACAUUUCCACCUCGAUUGCAAGCGACGCGGAGGCGCGAAUUUGUACGAGAGCGUGGACUUCCGGGGUUUGGCGCCAUGUUGGAUGGUUGCUCUUUGCCAUCUUCAUCAGCUUCAUGUUUGCCACGAUAAACUUUGCGUUUUACAGACAAUUAAUCGACCCAACGAUGCUUCGAACCCAAGCCCCGUCUUCGGCUUACCAGAUGAAUGCAACUCGCAACGCGUAUGGCUAUCAUGAAAAUGGGAACAUUCCUGGAUACAAUCCAUACUCUACCCAAACAUAUGGCAACUACGUACCUCCAUCAGGACCAGGUGGCCCAGCUGCCGAUGUCAAGCCUCCGGGAUACACGACGGGCCCAGAGUGGGAACAAUAUGAGCACCGCUCCGCCGAUGACGAAAAGGCCGGCUUUUCUGGAGCAGGGGCUCUCAACCCGUUUGCCGACCCAGGACCUCCAUCGCUCAAUGCCGCACCUGGGGGCCAAGGAUAUCUCCCACCCGCUGGACCACCCCCGGGCUUGGAAGGAUCAAGAAACCAAGGUCACGAUGAAGGAUUCGAUCCUGCUGCUCUAGAGGCGGCCAUGAAGGCCAGUAAGAAUGAUGGACGAGGGGUUCCUGCACCUGGAGAGCCGAGUGGGUCUGAGCUGGACCCAGCCACGACUGGCUCGUCCUCGAGAAUGUCCGAAGAUGAAGUGAUUGACCUUGAACAUGAAGACCAUGGAGAAGAUGAACAGCAAGAACCUUUGUCUAGACGCGGUAUCCUUGAGCCAGCCAUCAAGCAUGUUAUUGCGGCACUGGGAGGCGUCGAGGACACACCUUCUGGACCCAGAUACGUGCUCGGAGACGAGUGUUACGGGUGUUUGAAAGAUCUAAAACGAUUUUGGAGAAAAGAUGACACAGAUGACGAGCGAACGGUUGCGCGCAUCUUUUAUGCGUCUGCAGUCUUGCCAAACGAUCUGGUACCCAUCAUCCUCGAGACGGCGGGAAAGGGCGACGUGCUGAACAAAUGUGCCAUCGCGGCUGUCGACCUCAUCACGGGCAUGACUUGGCCGAUUGACGUCGCGGCCGAGUUGAGGGAGCUUGAUGAGGAAGAGGAGCAGGCUGCGGUCGAGUAUACGACGUUGAUUGCGGCCCAGCUCAGCUAUAAGCGUGCGCUGUUGACGAACAAGGAGACGCUGGCUGCCGUCUUUGACUUGAUUGUGCCGUGCAUGGCCAAACCGCGAUGGGAUAGGACGGAACGGGAUAAGCAGAUUGUCACACUUAUCCUUUAUCUUAUUCGCAACCUCGCGUUUAUUCGCGACUUGCCUUUGAACACCAAUCUAUCCGCGGACCAAGCAGAGCUCUCUUCGCUCCAGGCAAGUAUGAGUAGAUACAUCGAGAUUCUCCAAGAUACCCUCAUUCUAGAGUUCUUAUUGACUUUCGCGUCAAAUGCGCUUGAUGAUCCACUCGCCAAUGCACAGAACACAUUAGUCCUGGAGAUAUUCUAUCUCCUCUUUCGAUCUAUUCCGCCAAACUCGCUUCUGUCAUUUUCCCGUGAUGCCAGCGGACGACAGUCGUCAGUUGUCAACAACGCCCUCCGCAAUGCUCUUGACGCGGAAACCCGAACAUCCCUCCUGCAGAAGCGUAAUAUGAACUCGAGGCACUCUCGUUUUGGUACGACAGUUCAAGUCUCAUCAGCACAGACGGGACAAUCCCUCAUUCUCCACCGUGGUGCGACGGCCAUUAAAGCCAAAGGAGCUGGGGAUGUACUGGAUCUGGGAAAGAAGAAGCUGGCGAAAAGGGCACGAAUGCGUGACGAACUCACUGGAGGGGCCGCAUCCGCUGGUGGUGGAACAGCUGGUUCAGGAGGUGAGACGCGGUUGACGAGCAAAGCAAGGGAGGAACUUGGAAAGGCUGCACGAACAUUUGUCGAAAGUUGCUUCAAUCCCUUUUUCUCUUCCCUCAUCAAGGACAUUCGUGCUGAGAGAAGUAAAGUCACGGAGAAGGAUAACCUCCGCCUGCUAUUCGUCUCCAAAUUUUUCAUGCAAUUCUUCCUCGCCGUAAGAGAAGGGGACCUAGCGGACUGGAGUAUGAAAGAUGCAGCGCGACGGAAAGCUGCUGAAAGUGGAACCGAUGCCGCAGUUGGGGAGGUUGAGAAGGCGACAGAGGAUGAAAAGAUGUCGCUAGGCUACUCUCUCGUUCUCGAGGUCGUACAGAGAGGAUGGGCCGGUUGGAUCCUGCGACGAAUGCGAGAAGCAAUGGAUAUGAAACCAAAGCAAUGGACGGAGGUCCAAGCUUGUUUAGACUGCUUAGCUCAACUGCUCCUCCUUGUUGACUCGAUGUCGAAUUCCUCUGAUGAGGAACUCCAAGACGCUGCUGGCACCCUUCAGUAUCAGGUUUAUUACAAUGGAGAGGCUCUCGAGAGAAUGCUCGAAUGUAUGAGGAGCUUCAAGGAUCAGAGCUUUGGUUUCCUUGAAGCCAACAUUCACCUGGCGUACGUCUUACUUCGCCUGUUGGAACGAUGGGGCCGAAAAAACGGUGGACUAUACAUUCGUAAGACAAGAAAGAAGAGCACCAGAAGGCACAGAACAACUGAAGAAGAGGGGGUUGUCGACGAUAUUUCUGAAGAAGAGGAAAUAGAUACAGAGAUUCUACAGGAGAUGACGUUGGAAAAGUUUGAACAUAAAUUUGCCAACGAGGAAGUUAAUGCUACGCUGCUGGCAUAUCUUUCUCGCUUUCAAGAAUUCGACUCGCCGGAGAAGAUGAAAUGGGUAGUCACUUUGAUGCACCGACAAGCUGUACGAGCCAAAGCGGAAGGUUUAUUCUUCAAGGUAUCGACGUUGGCGCUCUUUCAGACAGUUCUUUCGGUUCAACGAACAUUUCCCAAGGACCAGCCGUACAAGGAUCUGGUUGCACUGAUUACUUUCCUCCUACGGCAAUUCUUCAAGGCGGUAGAGGCUGACAGAAUGGUCAUUGCUGAGGCCUUCUUCCCAAAGAACAGAGGGAUGUGGAAAGCCUUCUCCAGUUGGGAGCCGCCGGAAAAGUCAAAGAAAGGAAAAGGCGGUCGGGGAGUAGAGGAUUCGGAUGAGGAGGCGAAUAGUCGAUUCCCUCCAGAUAUCCGCAUCAAGAAGGGACAUUCCUGGAGCGAGCAGCUUGGAAUCGCCAUCGCAUGUUUACUGGAGAAGGAUGAAAGACAUUUGGUUGAAUGGUGCAAAGAGCUGCUCCGACUCAUUAUCGACAUCAGACAGCUUACCAUCGACGAGAUUGACAAGAAGCGUGCCGAAGAUGGAGAUUCGGAUCUCGAAGGCGAGAAGCAACCUGGCCCAUCCAAAGAGGCGCGUGAGGCCAUUGAAGAUUUCAUCAUACCCUACACAAAGGAUGGUCAUGCAGAGGCCGCGAAUCGUAAUCCGCAUCUCAAGCUGAUGUUCCAACUACUUGGCUUUCAAAUCGUAGACAAGGGUGCUCACGAAUUAGAAUGGAAAUGUCCAGCCAACAAAAUCCCCGAGGAGUUGCAACGGUCGCUCACGCUCAUCAACAAUUUCCUCCUUGAUCCCAUCGAUCUCGGUGGCAAAAAGGCGCUUCAAAUGAUCUCCAAACCUACCAAACGCAAGAAGCGAGGUGUUUCCCCAGCUGAAGCCGACUUUCUCGACGACUUUUCUGACGAUGAGGGAGGGAGACGAAGAGCGAAUAAGCGAGUGGAAAAGAGAAGGGCAGAGAAGCAGAACGCUCUUUCUCGUCAGUUUAUUGAAGAUUCUGAUGCAGAGCUCGGGGACGAUGAUGCAUUCUUUGCUGCAGAGGCAGCGCUUAGGCGAAGGAUGGCAGAGGCUGCGCAGCAAGACGGUACUGUAGCCCAAGGCACGGGUACAAAGAAACGAAAGAAAAAGGAAGACCAUACCGAGAAGAGUGGAGAUGGAAGGGCACGCAAACGACCUCGAAAGAGCGAAGAGCCCAGUGUGGCUCGGUCAAAGAUAGCAAUUAUGGAAGGCUCGAGCAAUGAAGAAGAAUCGGACUCGCCUUUAUCACCCGCCCAGAGAAACUCUCGACGGGCAGCAGCCUCUGAUGAUGACGAGGUAGAGUCUACUCGACGCGCUGCAACCUCUCCUCCUUCAUCACCCGCGGCCAGUAGCCCUGUGGGUAGCGAUGAGGAACGAGAGGGCCAAGGGACAGACAAGCGACUCUCGGCUGCAUCUUCGGGCAAGCUCUUUUCAGCGACUCCGAGGAUGAGAAACAGGUUGCGACUACCCGUACAACACGGCCAGUCAAGAGGCUUGUUCUCUCGGACGACGAAGAAGAGGAUUGAUCCACUCGUCGCCACUAUGGUGAUAUCGCUUCCUGGCUGA